AUGUCAUAUGACAUUGAAGUUUGGCGCAUUAUCAAAAAGAAAAAUCUUCCAAUUCCGCCAAAGAAGGAUGACAAUGGUCAAGUCAUAGUAUCAUCUGAUCCUCUUGAUUUAGAAGAUUACACUGAAAAACAAUCAGUUGUCAUACAAGUGAAUGCUAAGGUAAAAAAUAUGUUGUACAAUGCUAUCAGUGGAGAAGAAUAUGAAAAUAUAUCAAGCUGUGAAACUGCGAAGGAAAUAUGGGAUAUGUUAGAGGUCAUAGAUGAAGGAACCAAUAAAGUGAAAGAAACAAGGAUCAAUCUCCUAGUUCGAGACUAUGACUUAUUUCAAAUGAAGGAUAGAGAAUCAGUAGAGGAAAUGUUUUCCAGGAAUUUUCAAAAGAAGAAAUCCUUUGGAGCUUGGAGUGAUGAAGAAGAAUUUGAUCACGAAGAAAUCGCCAACAUGUGCUUCAUGACCAUCAACGAAGAGAGCAGUGAAUGCUCAGGUGAACUUGGUCUCAUGGCAAACAAAGGAACAAGUGAGGUACGUCUUCCUACAUGUCCUAUCUGUCAGGAACUCCAAGAAUUUAUUGACAUUGCUUUUGCAGAUAUUGAGAAAGUUCUGAAUGAACUUCGAAAAAUCCAAAGAGAAAAGAAAGAUUGGGCUUUGAAGUUGGAAGUAUGUGAAAUUGAUAGAGAUAUGCUUCAAGAUAAAGUUUAUGAACUUCAACUUCAACUGAAUGGAUUACGAAAAUCCACUAGUCAUAGUUCAGUUAGAUCAAAUCAGUUUGCUCUUCAUAAAUCUCCAACUAGAACUAGAAAUCCUUCUUCAUGUACUCAUUGUAGCAAAAAUGGGCACAACUCUAACCAUUACAAGUUUAGUAUCAGAGGAGAAAAAGCCUCUGAAUAUUCUAAUAACCCCUCAUAUUUCUACUGCGGAAUACUCGAUCAUACCUCUAACCAUUGCAGAUUUAAGAACAACAGGAGAUGGGAACAGUGCAAGAAGAAUAGAAAAUGGAAAUGGUAUCUUGAUAGCGCGUGUUCCAGACAUAUGACUGGUGAUAAACAACUAUUCAAGACGGUCAUCAAACUAGAUGGAGGAAUUGUUACUUUUGGAGACAAAUCAAAAGGUAAUGUAAUUGGAGUUGGAAGAGUCCCUCUCGGCUCAACAUGCGAUGUAGACGAAGUAUACCUGGUUGAUGAACUUGGUUACAACCUUCUCAGUAUCAAUCAACUAUAUGACAAUGACUAUGAGUUUCGUUUUAAAAAACAUGAUUGGUUUAUUGAAGACGAAUCAGGUAAAGUUAUUCUUUGUGGAAAUUGA